AUGAAGAAAACCACCCAGUCGAAAGUAGUUCAGCAAGUAACAGGAAACUCUAAAAUUUCCAGCUUUUUCUCCAAAAUUACAAAAUCAAGGCUUUCCUCAGAUUUACAAAGGUCAAAGAACAAUACGGUUGUUCUUCAAGAUAGUGAUGAUGACUUUGUUGAUUCACCAAACCACAGUAGUAGACCAAACAGAGAGAACAGAAGAGUGGGUGAUAAAGAAAAUAACUCUACAAAAAACAACAGUAAGAAAACAGAAACCAAGAAACGUAAAGUUGAUGAGAUGAAUGGCGAUAAUCCACCACAUAAGAAAAGUAAUGCCUCCACAAAACCAAAACCUCUUUCUCCAAAGGACCAAUCUAUUACUGAAAAACACCAACCAGGAAAUGUUACCCCAUCCAAGCAGAUGAUUUUUAUCAAAAGCCCUGAACACUUACUGUCACCUGAGGCUUUGAGAAUAUACCAUACACCUGAAAAGGAACAAGAAAGAAUCCAAGAUAGAAUUAGAACACCAACAUCAAAAAAAUUGUUGUUUAAUAAUGAUGAACAAAGUCCUAGUUCUAAUGGUUCAAAGAAUACUAACCCAUUGAUAUUCCCAAGCACAUCUUCUGUGAUGGAAGAUGUAAAAUCCCCACCAUAUAAGUUGAACAGAACACCUAAAAAGGAAUCAGUGCCAAAAUCCCCCAGGAAAACACCAAACAAGGUGAAGAGAACUCCUAAGAAGUUAUUCGAAAAAUCUCCUGAUAAUUUGAAUAAGUUCAAUGUUCAAGUUAUUGCUGAUUUCAUCAAAAUAACUCCAAGCAAGAGUAAUAUCAAUCCAACAGAGGAUGAUGAUGUUAUUUUUGUCAAGAGUACAGAUAAAAUACAAAGUUCAAUAUUGAAGUUUGUUUCACCAGUAGCAUCAAAUAGCUCUCUAAAAGCAAAACAGCAAAAUGAAUCAACUCCAAAGAAAAAUAUUGAGAAUGAAUUCACCUUGCCAACUGACAAAAUAAGAACUAAACUUGAUUUUGCAGAUUGUGUUAAAAUAGUGCCCAAAGAAAGUGUUGAAAUCACACCAAAAAAUAAAAGUCCUGAAAAAAGCCAUGAAACACAAGGGAAAAUUGAUUUGACUGAUAUAUACUUAGAUUUUGAUGAUAAUUGGGAGGAAGAUAUCUUGAAAGAUUUGGAAGAGUACAAUCUUGAUUUGACCAAAUCUCAUCAUUGUGAAAUAGUCAGUAUCAAUCCCUUUCCCACAAAAAGUGUACUAACUUUAAAAUCUACAAAAUCUGGAGAAAAGGCCAUUUGUAACUUACAAGGAUUCUGGGUACAUACAAUGCUUGGUAUUGGAGACAUAGUACAUGUAACUGCUAAACAAAUUGGACAAGAGUGGAUUGUUGAUAAUGAUGUUGGUUUACUUGUCUAUGAGCCAGAUCUGUUGAUUUCUACAACAUCAGUAGUGAAUUCUUUAUGGUGUAAACGAAGAUCUGUGCUCACAGAAAGGUUCAGAGGUUUUGAGCCAUCAAAUAAACAAAUGCUUGUUGGUACUUUAGUACACAGUUUAUUGCAGUUUGUACUUAGGAAUAAAGUUAGCUCAGAUAAACAAAUGGUAGCCAUUGUCAAGAAUCUCAUCAAAGAAAGAAAAAUUAUGAAAGAUCUAUAUGAAUGUGGAGUAUCACUGCAAACUGUUGAAACAGAAGUGAUAGACUUCAUCCCCAAAAUACAUCAAUUCAUAAGCCUUUACCUGACAACUGCCAAUGUAGAUUCUAACCGAAUUAAAAACAAGGAAGAUUGGAAAGGUAUGAUACAAUCGAUCGACGAUAUUGAAGAGAAUAUUUGGUGUCCUGAACUUGGGGUCAAAGGUAAAGUUGAUGUCAGCAUCAAAACUGAUCACCAUUCCAUGCCACUGGAACUGAAAACUGGCAGAGCGACAGUCUCGCUGGAACACAAGGGUCAGGUCAUGUUGUAUAUCAUGAUGAUGAAAAAGAUGGGAUAUAACGUACCUUCUGGACUUCUACUUUAUCUCAGGGAAGGAGUUCUGAGAGAAAUCACAGCAACCCAAAAGGAAAAGAGGGAUAUAAUGCUUUUGAGAAAUGAUCUGACUUAUUAUUUAACUAGACCACCAAAAAUUGUCGAAAAUGAGGGUGUAGAAAAAAAACUGUUACCUCCAGAACUGCCUGCACCAAUAAAUCACCCAAGCUGUCAAAAGUGUCCUUACAAUGUUAUAUGUACUUCUUAUGCCAAAUACUCUGAUGAAAACAUAUCAAAAAACAAGAUACUGAAGAACAUACAAGACGAGGCUUUAGAGCAUAUCACUGAGUCACAUUUGAACUACAUCAUGAAAUGGGUAACUUUGUUAGCUUUGGAAGCCAAUUCUGACAAACAGGCUAAAGAUGUAAGGCAGAUAUAUACUCUCACUCCUCAAGAAAGGGAAAUUAAUGGGAAAUGUAUUAUCAAUUUGAAAAUUACCCACAUAGCAGAUGAAUGUGAUGGUGUGUUUGAACAUUCUUUUGAAAGAAUCAAUGCUGACUUUACCUGCAAUUUUUUUUCUAACGGCAUUGUAGAAAGCAACUAUGUCGUUAUAAGUACCAAUAGUAGGCCUGCAGUAGCAACUGGAUUCGUUACUAAUAUCACUGCUACUACAAUUUCAGUAACUUUAGACAGGAAUUUGAACAAAAAAUACUCAAACAAGACAUUUCACAUAGACAGUUAUGACUCAAGCUCCAUACAAUCAUAUAAUCUAGCUAGUCUCACAUUAUUGUUGGAUAUUUCACAAAGAGGUGAAGAACUGAGAAGUAUAAUAAUUGACAAGAAGCCGCCAACAUUCAAAAAGGCAUUGCCGAAGUCGAUCGGAACUAAGGGGAAGGAAAUAUUGAGGAAAUUGAAUAUUGUGCAGCAAAGAGCAGUUUUGAGAGCCAUUGCUGCAAAUGAGUAUUUUCUUAUCAAGGGAAUGCCAGGAACAGGGAAGACAGCUACAAUAGUGGCCUUGAUCCAACUGCUUUAUGAAAUGGACAAAAGUGUCCUCAUUACCAGUCAUACUCAUUCAGCUGUCGAUAAUGUUUGCAUCAAAUUGUUGGAUUGCGGAGUGAAAUUAAUGAAAUUGGGUUCCGAAUCACGAAUGCACCCUAAAUUGAGGGCCUGUUCAGAAAAUUCACUUACAAAACAUUGUAACACCCCAGAAGAACUUGAAAAAGUCUAUAACAGCAUGCAAAUUGUAGCUGUAACCUGUCUGGGUUCAGGUCAUCCAUUGCUAACAAAAAGAAGCUUUGAUAUUUGCAUAGUUGACGAGAGCACUCAGGUAUUGCAGAGUUCAGUGAUAAGACCUCUACAUGCAGCAAAAACCUUUGUUUUGAUAGGAGAUCCUGACCAAUUACCAGCUGUAGUUAUAAGCAAAGAAGCUAAAGAAAUGGGUAUGUCAGAGAGCCUUUUCGAGCGACUAUACCAAGAAAAUGCAGUGACCUCGUUGAAUUUGAACUACCGUAUGAACAGGAGGAUCACAGAAGUUGCUAACGGAUUGACCUAUAAUGGGGAACUCUUAAUUGGGAAUGAAAUGGUUGCUAAUGCAACCUUGAAGUACACAAACAAAGAGAUUUUCACAAGUUGUCAAAAUUGGAUUUCUUCGGCGCUCGAUAGCUCUCUAGAAAACUCCGUACAAUUUUUAGACACUGGCCCCGUCUGGAAUCUAGAGCACAACGUUCCCUGGAUGAUAAGUAAAAAUGAUUCCAGUGGUCAGAAUGACAAUGACCAUUGCGUAAAUAUCUAUGAAACGGCCGUCACACUCAAACUCGUCCAAACUUUACUGAAAGCAGGAGUCCCAGCGACUGAAAUCGGAGUGAUAGCUACAUACAGAAGACAAGUAGCUCAAAUUUCAGCCCUGAUACAAUGUGAACAUUUAGAUGUCAGCACUGUAGAUCAGUUCCAAGGGAAAGAUAAAAGUGUCAUCAUUUAUUCAUGUGCCAAAUCAAGAGACACCUCCAAACAUAGGGUAAUAAAUAAGUUUGAAUUAUUAGAGGACCACCAAAGAAUUACAGUGGCCAUCACGAGGUCCAAGCAUAAGUUAAUCAUAAUAGGAGACGUUCAAACCAUAGCAGAAUAUUCAACUUUCAAAAAACUACUGCCAAUUCUUCAAAGUAAUAUUAUAAGACUGCCAGAAACAGAGGGAUUCCAGUGGGAAUCAGUUUUAGAUAUAAGUGUAUAG